GCCAGUGUCAAGUCGAACGCAGUAAAUUUACCGGCGAGACAUAAAAUGACGAAAAAUUAUUAAAGGAAAACGCAAAUAAAUAGGAAUUUUAUUGAAAGCCAUCGAACAAAAAAAACUUUUUCGAAUUAUUGUUCAAGUUUUUAUAGAAAUUUUAUGAACUGAGAAAAAUUAUGAAAAGAGAAGUUUCGUGACAAAAAACUAUUAUUUACUAAAAAAAACUUUUGAUAUUGCCUAUUUGUGUGUUCAGUGACAAAAAAAAGUAUUUGAAUAAAAAAAAAUAUAUAAAAAUAUUUAAAAACGCAAAAAAAUGGGUUUUCACAAUAAAAUCACCACACAAGAUUCUGUGAAAUCGAUAAUAUCGCAUCAAAGUAGCACGGAAUCGAGUGCAUCAUAUACUUGUUGUGGCAUCCGCAUCAUCGGAAAUGACAACAAAGUUAACUCAACAGAAGAAAAUUCAACAGAAGCAACAACGAGGAGCAACAUUUUUCAACAGAUAUUUUUAUAUGUCUUAGCGAUUUCGGCAUUUCUUCCUUGCGGCGCAUCACUUGCAUGGAGCAGUAACUUCCUCUUUAGUCACUGGAAUGACGAACAAUUGUUAAGCACUUCGACGUCAUGGAUGGUCGCUUCCUUACCUUUCAGCGCGGCAGUCGCAUCAUUACUGUCGUUCAAAAUGUGCCACAUUAUCGGAACGCGACGUUUAAUAAUUUUAUCAACUGUGAUUAUGUCGUUGUCAUGGCAGCUGAUCCUCUUACAAAGAUCUUUAAUUCAAUGUGAUUAUUUAUUGUACGCGGCGAGGAUUUUUGGCGGUUUUGGUCUUGGAUCGAUAAUGUUAACGAUCCCGAAGUAUAUGCAGGAUUUACUUCCGUCGAGUCAUAAGAAUUUUAUCUAUAAGUCUUUGCAGUCGGCAGUGAUUUUCGGGGCAAUGAUCGAAUAUGUUGCGAAUGACAUUUACGAAAUUUCCACAAUCCUCAUGAUAAUCUUUCCAAUUUUCGCUGUCCUUGGCUUUGCGUUUUUCCCCGAGUCACCGCAAACGUUGGUGCAUCAGCAAAACUACGCGAAGGCACGUAAAAUAUUGCAGGUGUGGCUCGCGGAAAAGGAGGAAAACGAAAUUAUGAGCAAGAUGCAAAGUUGGUCGAUUGCCGAGCAGCGAGGCGGUGGCGAUGGAGCGUUGCGUGUCAUGUUCAAGAGUCGAUCGUGGGUAGAAACGCUCGUGCCGUUGUUUGGCUUGGUAAUUUUCGAGGCGUUGCUCGGUGUGAUGGCGAUUAUGUUUUACUUGAAGCCAAUUGUUUUUGCGAUAGAUUCUGAUGGUUUUCUGCCCAUUUCCUGCCAAUUAAUCGCCAUUUGUGCGGCAAUGUUACUCGGCAUGCACUUGAAGCCUCUUUUAUGUUGUCACUUAAACGCCAAAUCCCAACUUCUCUUCGGCAUAACGAUAAUUUUCCUGAAUUUCGGCUUGCUCGGCACUUUCUACCACACCACAAACCUCGGAAUUACUGCACUCCGCGACAACUUACCGUACCUUCCAGUUGUUUGUUUCACCGCAAUCGGCAUGACUUACACGUGCAGCAUCACGUCGGGCAUUCAAACGUACCUAAAAACACUCACCUUGCCACAUACGCGUUUCGCGUGUCGCGCUACUUCACACGCCAUCGCCUGGCUGAUUACGGGAAUUCUGUGCGCCGAACUGAGUCAUGUCAUUUGGUACAUUGGCGUUGGCUGGCUCUUUUACAACAUGGCAAUCAUCAGUGUGUUCAUGAUGUGUUUCGUCCUGUUAUUACUGCCACGCUUGAUUAAAGACGUGAUGGUGAUUGAUGUGGCGAGCGACGGCAGCGAAAUAUCGACGUCAGAUGCCGCAUCGGAGCACAGCAAAAUUUCCAAUACCGCCAGCACGAGUACGGAUAUCACGAUGGAAAAUGUGCUUGUUGUUUGAGCUCACGAUACACGUGCCAACAGGUGAUUUUGUUGAUAUAAUUAACACGGAAAAACCGAUCGAUUUGCCAAAAAGUGCAAAAAGGUGACGGGGAAAAAGAUCCGGAAUUCGCGCAGAGUGUGAAUAGUGAACAUCAAUCAAUUAAUUCGCCGCCGUCAAUUCAUCGCUGUUAGGAAUAAUGUAAAUAGCUUACUGUGGAAAUUCAUGUCUCGAGAGCUAACAUAUUUGCGAAAUAUGAAAAUUUGGUAGAUUUGUGCAUUGGGACAACAUUUUAGAAUGUGCAUUGGGGUGAAAUUUGAGAAUAUGCAAUAGGAAAAAAUCUUAGAAUGUGUUUUGGGAAAAUCAUCUGAAAAUGUGCAUUGGGACAAAUUCAUAAAAUAUGCAUUGGGUUGCUAUUUUAAAAUGUACAUUGGGGCGAAAUUUUUAAUUCAUCCCAAUGCACAUUCUAAAAUGUUCCUUAAUGCUCAUUUUUAACUUUAACCCAAUGUACAUUUUAAUUUUGCCCCAAAGCAAAUUUUGAAAUGUUUCCCUAAUACAAAUUUUAAAAUUUUGACCCAAUGCAUAUUCUAUAUUUUGUCCCAAAGCUAAUUUUGAAAUAUUUCCCCAAUGCAUAUUCUAAAAUAUUGUCUCAAUGCACAUUCUUAUAUUUUGACCCAAUUUACAUUUUAAAAUAACAACCCAAUGACUAUUUUAUGAAUUUGUCCCAAUGCACAUUUUCAAAUUCUUUCCUAAAUAAAUUUGUCCCAAUGCAUAUUUUUUUGUUGGUUGAUACCCAAUAUCGCAAAUAUUUUAGCUUAUCAGACAUGAAUUUCUUUACAGUGCAUUAAAGAGAGAAAAACAGAAGAAAAUCGUGAAUUAAAACCAAAGAAUUUUAACCAGAGCUAGUUAAUUUAAUCUUAAAAAAAAACUUUAUAGCA